AGUUUUGUUCGUUCUUUCUUUACCAUUCAAUCAUCAACUUCAUUGAUCCGUUUUUCAUAUUUGACUAAAAUAAAAAUAGAUUUUAUAUUAAUAUCAUAAAAUAAAAAUUAACAUAUAGUUUUAGUUUAGAUUAACGUGUAACUACUUCAUAAAACGACAAAUAUCACCAUGAGCUCCGGAGGAACACGCGUGUAUGUCGGCGGACUCGUGGAGGGUAUCAAAAAAGAGGAUUUGGAAAGAGAAUUCGAUAAAUAUGGCAAAUUAAAUUCCGUGUGGGUCGCACUUAACCCCCCAGGUUUUGCUUUCAUUGAAUUUGAGAACAUGCAAGAGGCGGAGGAUGCCUGUAGUGCAAUGAACGGCUUCGAAAUGUUAGGCGCGACACUAAAAGUCGAAUUGUCGAGAAAACGAGAUGGGCCGCGUCGCGGCGGUGGUAACUUCAGGGGUGGCCGAGGUGGUAACUUCCGAGGUCGCCCGUUCGGCGGUUCGGGGGGAUUCAGAUCUGGGGGCUUCGGGGGCGAAGGUCGGAUACCUUUCAAACGCAACAACCAGGGUAGCGGCUACGGGUCAGGAAACAGUGGCGGCGGCGGCAACUUCAGAUCUAGGUCACCACUCUCUCGAUUUUAAUUUAAUUUUAGUUAAUAGUUAGGUUUAGUGUUAUUGUAAUCUGAAGCCUUCCAAGUGUUAAAAAUUCAAUGUCUACUUAAUACUGGGGGUUUAUUGAUAGUAUGAUUCCUCGUGAAGUUGAUGUCUUAGGAAUUAGAGUUCCUCUGAAUAAUUUCUAUGCCGAGUCUACAUCAAGCUUAAUCGUCGAACAAUCUUCAGUAUCUUUAACAUUUAACCUAAGGCAUGUUAUGGGCUAAGUUUCCUUAUGUAUAAAUAAAAAAACAACUGCGUCGAAA